AUGUCGGUUUUCCAUCUCAAGGGUCGUUCACUUCAUGUUGCGCUUCAUGUUGCUGCGGGUCUCAAUUUUAUCCUUUUUGGUUAUGACCAGGGGCUUUUGGGUGGAGUCAUCAAUACUCCUCAAUUCAUCGAAGCAUAUGGCCAUCAACCAACAGACACCAUAAUCGGCACCGUAUCGUCUAUUUACAGCAUCGGCGCCUUUUUCGGCGCCGUUUUAGCCGCUUGUUUCGGCCUCCGGACAGGCCGUCGAAUUAUGCUGAUAUUGUCCUGCUUUUGCGUGAUCUCUGGUGCUGCAAUCCAAGCUGCAUCUCCCAGUCUGGGAGUAAUGAUUCCAGGGCGAAUCAUCACUGGUUUCGGCGUGGGAAUCAGUACUUCAACUGUACCCAUAUGGAUUUCAGAGACAUCGAACCCAAAUCAUCGAGGUCGGAUGGUGGCAGCUCAGCUUGAGAUAGUUCUCACUGGAUUCAUGUUCUCGUAUUGGUUCGACUAUGCCAUGAGUCAUGUUUCUUCUGAGGCAUCAUUCCGUCUUCCAAUGGCAUUCCAGGCUAUAUUUCCGUUGAUGGCGCUUUUGAUUCUCUUCAUCCUGCCGGAGAGUCCACGAGUUCUUUUUUCCUGGGGAAAGUUUGACGAAGAUGUCACCGUUCUUGGGAGACUGCAUGAUCUUCCUGUGACCGACCCUUGCAUCGUAUCAGAGAAAGAGCAGAUCCUCCACUCCAUCGAAGUCGAAUCAGAGAUAAGCGGCUCGAUCUUGAGAACUCUUUUUUGGGACAAGUCUGAUAUCAAAUACCGCCGCUGUGCCAUAACCACAUUGGUACUGUUCCUCUUGCAGCAAUUUGGAGGAUGUACAUUUAUCGGUUACUACGCACCCAUCAUCUUCCAAACAUCCAUCGGCAUGUCCACUGAGCUGAGCUCUAUCAUGUCCUGUGCUAUGGCCACAAGCUAUGCCGUCGGUGGAAUAUUCCCAGUGCUUAUGAUAGAUCGCAUCGGCCGCCGCAAGAUGAUGCUCGGGGGCGCAGUUGCCACGUCUGCCGCCUUCAUUGCACUGACUGCACUCUGCUCCCAGGCAUCAAAUUCUACAGCUGUAGGAUGGGGUGCUGCAAUUAUGGUUAUUGUUUUCAUUCUCAUAUUCGCCAUGACAUGGAAUGCGCUACCGUGGGUCUACGCUAGUGAAUUGAUGCCUUUGAACAUGCGUCAUAUCAACGGGGCAAUCGGAGCUGGAAGUGAAUUCAUUUUCCAAUUUACUGUUCUCGAAAUGGCACCGCAUGCGAUUGCCUCCUCGGGAUGGAAAAUAUAUAUUUUUUUCGCCGUUUUCAAUAUUCUCAUGUUUCCUUUCGUAUAUUUCUUCUGUCCAGAGACAGCCAAAAAGUCCUUGGAAGAGAUAGACUUUAUUUACUUGGGCUCUCCUAUGGAAGGCCUAGAAAGUGGACAGGAAGGGCCCGCGAUAGUCGAGCAGCCUAUUGCGACAAAGGGUGAGAACUAG